CUUGAAUUAAGUGACAAUUAAGUGACAACGUUGGUGGCAUACCCAUCUAUGGGACCAGUGCCGCACAAUACUACGUAAAUAUUUGGAACAGUGCGUUGGCAUACAACCUCAAUCAAAAUCGAUAACCAUGUCUUCGCUGACACUCAAUGCAGUAGAAUACGACUUCGAAGACUAUGUACUUCAACACGGUAUCCCGGAGACUCUCGACCCGCUUCCAUAUCGCAAGGCAGGAAGCGUCUUCUCCAACGCGGUCGAAAACGACGAUCCCAACAAUAGCAACGCGAACGAAACCGGCGGCGCCUCGAAUUCUGAUCUACAAAGUGGCAACUUGACGAGCGCCAAGCACGAUCCCCGUCUGCGCACGGUUGUGUGUCGCCAUUGGUUGCGAGAUUUGUGCAUGAAAGGUAGUGCUUGCGAAUUUUUACAUCAAUACGAUCUUUCGAAGAUGCCUCUUUGUCGACACGGAGAACGGUGCAAAAUUUCUGAUUGGUGAGUUGUGAUGAUUUUCGCAUUAGUCCAUAGCGCUGAAACAUUUAGUAUUUUUGUGAUACCUCAAUGAGUUUCGAAGAGAAUUCUGGUUGUUUGCCUCUGUCUGUGAUUGGUUUUCUCUGACAAAAAGCUUUUUCCUUUCGACAACCAACAAUCAUACCGCCUUUCCGCAUUGACGAAACGUGAUGCAAUACGUGAUCAUAAAAUCUCAGUCCAUUUCGGCACAUAAGCGAAGCUAAUAGGUUAGAAU